UGUACUAGACACAGUAUUUGGGAUGUUUCAGGGGAAACUCAGUUGCUUUGAUCCCAUAGAAGUCCAUCUGGCUGUGGCACUGACUUCUGAGGAAGCCAGGCUAGUGCUGGGGGAAGAGGUGCCUGGCAGCCAGACAAAGCAGCCUGCACACUGCUGCAGAAAGUUACCUCUGCCCAUUCCACGCAGGUGUUCCCUAGCAUAGACUGUUUGCCAGAAAAGUAAAAGAGUGGCAUUUCACAUUUCAUUGCCUUUUAGAACAUAUUUUGUUAACAUCUUUAGCACUGUCUAUGUUUCCCUGCUUUUGAGUUCCACUCUUUUCCAAAUCUUGGCUUUUUAGGUUCCUUGCUGUAAUCCAGUUGGAGAGAAAUGACUGUUAGAGAGUUGUUGGCUUUUGCCUUCGCCACAUCUUUCCUUUCUUGUGAUUCUUACCCCAUUCCUCUGAGCUGACUUACCACUUCUGUGCCACAGGUGUCUAACUUGUUUGAGAGGGUUGGCCUUGUUAUAUCGAGAGUCAAAAGCUCAACACAUGCUCUAUGAUACAAAAUACCCUGCAAAACAAUUUAUAACCACCCACAAGCACAUACCCCAGACGCAACCCCUCAAGAGAAAACCACCCCAUUCACUGUGUUGCUGUCCUAGCUGGUCUCACCCACUGUUAGUGAUUUAAUACGUCCUCCUUCUAAGCAGAUAGCCUCUAGCCUCUGCAGUAACUGGAAUGGGAUUGCACAGAUGACAUCUGUUGUGUUACACAGAGAUCUCUUGAUGCAAUCCCUCCAGAAUUUCCUUGUUAAAUUCAGAGCCACAGAUGUCUUCCCUUCUCUCUCUCCUGUAACUGCCUCUUUCCAAAAUUUGCAGAAGUACAGAAAAGCGGUUCUGUAGUAUCCUUUAUGCCUGGUCUCAUUGUCCUCCAGGAGUGGAACAGGAAGGCUAUUCUGGUUUUCCCCUUCUCUUUCCCUCAUUCUUUACACCUUUUCCUUUCCACAUACAAGUAUGCCCUAGGAUAAAAAGUGACAGAGAAAUUCAGAACUGAUGCAGAGCUACUGCUGGAUGAGCAAGAGCUGAGCAGGUACAUGCUGUUGGUUUCCCUGCUUUGCAAAUCAAAACAUUCUAUAUAAUCGGAUAGAAAUUAAGUUUUCCAAAGUGGCAGCUGCUGUUCACACAGCAAGGAUUGGCGAUCACAAACAGGCAGCAAGUGGGACAGCAAGAUAAACUCUGCUACAAAAUUUAGUCUGUACUUAAUAGUUUGAGAAGUAUAUUGGAAGAUUAACUGGUGCUUAUCAGUGUGAGCUGGGGCCUUCAGCAAAUUAACAGCAACACUGUAUUUCUGUUUUGAACAACACUGGAGAUAAUGGUGUUGAAAACGACAGACCCUAGCAGUAGUGUGAAGUUUCAAGUUCCUGCUCAUGUGCUGUAUCCCAGAAGCACAGACUAGGUUGGGCAGCUGGUACGGCACUGAAUGCGCAGCAGCCCUUUAGUUAUCCCUGGCAAAGACAGCAAAAGCUUUUUGGGGGGAGCUUCUUCAGCCAGGACUCGUCGCUUGCCUCCACGCCUGUCCUGGUACUCCAUUGACUGGGACCAGCUCUGCCUCCUGCAGCCCUUAGGAUCUGGGGGCUUUGGCUCUGUCUACAAAGCCACCUACCAUGGUGCAACGGUGGCUGUGAAGCAGGUGAAGAAGAGCAGCAAAAACCGGCUGGCAUCACGGCAGAGCUUCUGGGCUGAGCUGAACGUGGCCCAGCUCCAGCACGAUAAUGUGGUACGUGUGGUGGCUGCCAGCACGUGUGCCCCAGCCAGCGAGAACAGCCUGGGCACCAUCAUCAUGGAGUAUGUGGGUAACAUCACUCUGCACCAUGUGAUUUAUGGCACGGGGGAUGCAUGGAGAGAGGCGGAGGAUGAUGAAGGAGGAUGCGGAAGGAAGGCCCUGGGCAUGGAAGAGACCGUGUGCUAUUCUUGUGACAUCAUGACAGGCUUAGCCUUUCUGCACUCACAGGACAUUGUGCACUUGGACCUGAAGCCCGCAAACAUUUUCAUCACCGAGCAGGGAGCGUGCAAGAUCGGAGACUUUGGGUGCUCCCAGAAACUGGAGAAGGGCUUGUCCCAGAGCACCCAUGUUUGCCAGCAAGGGGGCACGUACACGCACCGUGCCCCUGAGCUCCUCAAGGGGGAGAGGGUCACUGCCAAAGCAGACAUCUACUCGUUUGCCAUCACCCUCUGGCAGAUUGUCAUGCGGGAGCAGCCGUACCUGGGAGAGCGGCAGUACGUGCUCUAUGCCGUGGUCGCCUACAACCUGCGCCCCUCGCUGGCUGCCGAGGUGUUCCAGCAGUCCCCGGUGGGACAGACACUGCAGAGCAUCAUCAGCUGCUGCUGGAAGGCCAAUGCAGAGGAGCGUCUGAGUGCAGACCAGCUGCUUCCCAGCCUCAGGGCCCUCAAGCAGAGCCAAUAGGAAAACUCAGGACUCUUUGUAUUACUUUUGUCGACUUUUCUUUCCCUCCACCCUUCCUCUAAAUGUAAUUAAUUUAGCCCCUGUGUGAUCUAAAGGCUUUGUUGCUGUUUUUUAAUACUUGAAAAAGAAAGAAUCCAAACUGUUCUGAUAUAAGAAAAUUAAAAAUAAAGAGACUUAAUGAUACUGUGGGGUUUUACUCUGGAAGGGGAUAGAGGCAAAGAUGAAGAUGUUGGCAGACAUAACUUUUUUCUAGUUUAUGAGUUAUGUGCUGCCUUACUCACUGUGAUGUGCAGAAAAGUGGUUGGUUGUAAGUGAAGUACAAAUAAGGGUCUUCUUUUGGAAGGCUCUUUAUAUAUAAUACCUUGUGAUAUUUUUAAAAUGUCAAAUAUGAGUAGUUCUCGACACCAGCCGGGGUAGUGCAUUUGAGCUUUUCUUCUUCAUUUACCAAGGAAUGAGUAUGUAUCACAAAUCAAUGAACGCAGAAAGAUAGAUACAGAGUGUCAGUGGUCUAUUUAUUGUUCCUUGAUGUACUUAAUUUCAGUAAGUAUGCUGCUUCUGAUAUGGAAAAUGUGAACUACUCACAUAGUCCUUGAAAUAAAGAACCUUUUUGUCAGUCUAAGGCUACUAAGAUUAAGAAAGUGCAUUAACAAGCUGUCCUUUUUGUAAGACUUCCCUGCUGUCAGGUGUGUUAGUAGCAACUUGCUAGUUGGAACAGUGUAAAUUCUGAUGUAUUAUAAGAACAUUUUGUGCAGAGUAGUUUUUAAAAAAGGGGGGAAAAAAGAAUGGUAAAGGGAGGAUUAUUUGUGCUUCAUAAUGCAUGGCUCAGUGUUGGACUGAAAGCACUGAAAAGGAGGUUUGCUUACAGUAGUAAUAAUGUUCCUCUGCUGGUGCUCAAAGCAUACACUAUUGAACUAUCCUCUGUACUGCUUAUGUCUUAUCUGCUAUCUUUCCUAAUCUGGUUGUAGUGUGUCUGGGAAAGGAAGUGCUGUAGGCAAUGCUGAAGACAAAAAGCUCUGAUCCCUGACUUAUCAGAACUGAUAAUUAUACAUCUGAACCCUUAUCUGGAGCUGCCUGCUAUAGCUGAUAUUGCCAUUCUGCUCAAAGCCUCUACUUCUUUUUAAGACAGGAGAAAGAGUGAUGUUUCAGUCAAAUUGUUUUUCUUCUUUACCCUUCCUCCCCCUUGCUUCCAUUCUGGAAAAAAAGAAUCCCAAAGGAAUUGAGCCAGUUUCCUGAUUUCUGACACACAUCUGUUCUUAGCCCCGUGAAAUCCUGGAAAUGAGCAACUAUGUGAAUUUGAGAUGAUUCUGUAGGUCUUUAUGGUAUUUGGGUUGGUAAUUGAAAUUAAUGGUUUAUAAAGCAUAUCUAAGCUUAACUAUUUCUUGGUUUUCUGUCCCCCUGAAGUGGAAAUAGAAAAUGCUGGCUGGAA